AUGCUUCCGAUUACCCCGUACCCUAUAAAUGAGAUGAGGGGAUCUCAAGAGCCAAAGCGAAGACUGUUGCUGAUUUACAUCCAUGGCUUCAAUGGGACGGAAACAACAUUCCAAGACCUUCCCGUGCAUGUCCAUGGUGCUUUGGCAGGGUUGCUAGGUGAGUCGCAUGUGGUGUACACUCGAAUUUAUCCUGGUUACAAGUCCCAUGGGGAGUUCCAAGUGGCAGUGACCCAAUUCAGCAAGUGGCUUUCACCGUAUGAAUCAGAUGAGCAGGAUAUUAUUCUGCUGGGGCAUAGUAUGGGUGGAAUCAUCGCUGCCGAUGUCGCCCUGUUACAGGAAGGCGUCAAUUCAAAACAUCGGAUUUUAGGUCUGGUCAACUUCGAUAGUCCGUUCUUAGGGAUACACCCCCAUGCGAUUUCUACUGGAUUUGGAUCUUUAUUCCAAAAGGGUGGAACGUCGGAGAUCAACUUAGCAGAUCAGGAAAAAGCCAUUGGAUUUGAAACGGUCUACAAUGAUCCUAACUUCAAUCCCACCGAUUUUCCAGAGCCUACACUCAAUCCUCGACAAAUUGAGAGCGUGCCUUUGUCCGAAAGUGGCUUGGUCAAAGGUAUGAGACGGUUCAUGCAGGAAAGAGCCGACGAAAAGAGAAAAGAACAGGCUUGUCAGGGAAAAUCGGCGCUUGGAAGUCUUCUGGGACCCUUCAAGUUUGCAAGUAGUGUGAACAACUACGCCAUGCUACGUCGACGAUAUCUACGCCUGCAAGAGCUAGAAAAUGCAGAAGACAGUCCCGAGAGAAUCCGGUUUGUCAAUUACUACACCUACAGCACGGGCCGUCCAAAACUCAAAGGUAUAAUUAAUAUCGAACAAAACCGUUUUCCCUGUUUCUAA